GCCCGACCACAUUCAGCGUUUUCCCGGCGUUUUCUGGCGUUUUGUCACUCGGCGCCGCUCAGCGUCGACGCUGAGGGCGGCGCCAAGCCGAAACGUCGUGCUCAACACACUCCAGAAAUCUCGCCGUCGCCGCCGCCGCCAAAGCCGCCGCCGGAAACGGCUCGAUGAGCGCUGACCAACCAGCGCCUUGCCGCGGCCACGCUGCUGGCAACUUUUUCAGGCAACUUCCGCAGAUUCGCAGUUCCCGCAUGGUUCGUGCUGCGCGCCGCCAUUUCUACUUGUUUUGUUUGUUUGGCGUGUUGCUGCGUUUCGACGUCGAUUGCUUCAAUCAUCCAAGAUGCUUCCUGCAAACAUAGACAACGAGCUUCUGAUUGCAAUUGUGGAAGCUAGGCCGAUAUUGUGGCAAGCAAAGCACAGGGAGCACAAAAAUCGUGUGAAAAAGAACGUUUUGUGGGUUGAAGUCGCCGCCAUCGUCCUGCCGGGUGUUCUGAAUGCUGAGAACAUAGUGCAGACACGCUGGAAGUCGUUGCGUGACAAGUUUCGCCGCUUGUUCGUGGCAAACAAAAAGGAGCAAAAGAGUGGAGCCGGCGCCGAGGAGACGGAUGAGGCAGCCAAUGUGACUUGGCCGUACUUUGAGCAGCUCAUGUUCUUGAAGGACAGCAUCGAAGGACGGCCGACAUCUGGAAACAUGACUGCACGGCAACUGCUGCUUGACAUCAGCAGCAGCCAAAGCAGCUAUGCUGACAUGGAUGCCACGGCACUGGACACCGGUUCACUGUCCGAAUCCAGCGGACAAGAUGUGCCACUCACACCGACAACUGGUACAACAGGCGAGAGUGGGACCGCCGACAUAGCACCCGAUGAGCCAGCCUGUCCCCCCAUCAGGCCGCAGCAAAAACGGAAGAGAAACAAUGAUGUUUAUGUAGCAGAGCUACAAAAUGUGACACAGCAGUUGAAUGGCUAUGUCCCCAAGGACAUUGACGAGAACUUUGCCCUGACGCUGCUGGGGCACAUGAGAAUGAUCAAGCCGGAACGAAAACUUGAUUUGCAGAUGAAGUUGCUGCAGGCUAUAAAAGAUUUUACAAAUGAGGAAUCGGAAUAA